CUCCAAGGUGAGGGUGAAGGGUGGUUGUGAUAUAUAUAGGCGUCCACCCACUCGCCCAACCAGCCUUUCUCCUCAUCUCAAUCAGUUCUCUACUUGAUCACUUUGUCCGAAAGUCUGCAAUCACUCGAAGGUAGUGAUCGUUUCGACAACCCAUUAUCUACCACUGUACUGCGACGCCUUACUUCACCAACACCUGCGAACUUCACAAUGAAGCUAUCAUCUGUGAUAUUUCUUUUCGUCACUGCAGUCGUGGCCAGCCCCCUGCAGGAGAAACCGACCAAAUGCCCAAAAAACCAAGUGUACACCGAGUGCGGGACAGCAUGUCCUCUCCGGUGCGGUCAGCCUCCGCCUGAGGCUUGCACAAUGCAAUGCGUUAUAGGAUGUCAGUGCAAACCAGGUUUCCUGCUCAACAGUUCUGGAUCCUGUGUGGCGCCAUCUUGCUGUUAGUACACAUGGGUAAGCUACUGUUCAGCGAGAGGUCCUAUAAGUCGAGCCUUGUGAAUCUCAUAUCUAUUUCUUCUUCAAGAAGCAGACAUAACCAACGCUUGUUUCUUAAUAUUAUGAGCCUUAUGGGCUUCGAUCAAUUUAUAUUUUUGUUUCCUUGAUAACUGCGUUCAUUGUCCUAAUAGCUAUAGUAAAUGACCAGAAUUCCCCAUUAGAGAGCAACAUAUAUUGAUGUUCUAAGCAAGAAAAUAUGCCUCGAAAUAUAAGUUAAAUACUCUUCUUCUUUUCAGCGGCAUUAGGAUAGAUUGUAAAAUUGAGAAGAGCAAUGAAUCUCUAGGUAGUCCACUUACUUGUGCGCAAUCCAUC